AUGCCCAACUAUAAGUACGGAUGGCACCCUCAGCGUCCAGCUGCGCCCGUUCUCCGCAGGAAUGGCUUCGAAAUGCGUGGCCGAGAGUUUGGUCCUACACAAACCACAGCAAGGCGGGAGCCUCGCAUUGACGGAUCACGGUUGCUGGAGCUCUUCUUUCCAGGACGACUGCGCUCGUUGCGUGGACAAGAGGAAGCACGAGAAAGCGCCAGAGACCUGUUCAAGAUGACAUUCUUUGUUGCCCAGCUCCGCUGGUACGGCAUCCCCUUUCGAUCCUCUGCACGACUUCCCGAAUUGCAACAACUAUUGAGAGAUGCUGUUGUAGAUGGCAGAUGCGAACAAGUACCUGCUUCAGUGCUUAAACUUGAACUGGACAUGAGGCGAGAUCACGAGCCUGCUCUGAAAGCUUGGGAUCAAGAAGUGGAAGACUGGGAAGCCGAGCAAGAGUCCAAAGAGAAUCAGGCUUGGUUCAAAUACUCGAACCCAGCUGAGCGAGCUAAGCAGGAUCUCCAUCGGUUCAUGGAACAUUAUUUCCUGACCAACGGACGACCGGAUGAAUCCAAGACCCCCGAACCUAUGGCCUUGUAUGGAUAUGAUGAUAGACAUCUUCUUCGUGCGGCAGCCGAGAGAGUCCCAGGCCUGGAAACAUGGAGCGGCGGCACUGGCAGCAUGCGGACGAUCUGCAUUGGUUGGAAUCGCUCAGCAGUCAUUAGUCUUGCCCGUCACGUUGACAGACAGUCUAGUCGUCAGGAAGCAGAGAGGUCAGACAAUUUAUGGUUGACUGCCAUGAAAGACCACGACAGACUUGUCCAGCAGGUGCGGAAAGAAGGUCCCCGUGUCCAAACCAGAAGCAUUGAGCCGCCCACUCUGCAAAAAUGCCGGGGUUCUUAUGUCAUUCGCUGCGAAGAGGUCUCUGGCCAAUGGCCCUCAAUGGCACCAUUCACCCUUGACGUUAGUCGUGGGGUUGCGCCGAGUAUCUCUGCCGGACGCUUGGAUAUGGGCUAUUUCGACGGCACCAUGCUUAUUGCACUGUCCAACGACAGACUCGAAGAUUACAUACAAGCUCAAGAUGAGAGCGACACUGAAGACGACGAUAGUGAUGGCCACAGAUACAGCGACAGCGGCAGCGACAGCCACAUUGAUGGGGAUAGCAACCAUAGACGUAGCGACAGUGAUAGCCACAGCGAUGCAGCCAGCAGCGACAGUCAUGGACGCAGAGACAACAACAACAACAACAGCCACAGAGAUAGCGACAGCGACAGUCGAAGUGAUAGUAACCGUCAAAGCUAUAGCAGCGACAGCGACAGUCAAAACGAUAGCAACCGUCGCAGCUAUAGCGACAGCCAUAGCGAUGACGACGACGAGAGGCGCACCGAGGAUUACGAUCGCUAUAGCGACAGUGACAGCGACGAUGAUCACAAGGAGGAGGAGACCAAGUCGUAUAACCGGUUGGGAAGCAAGCGAAAGCGAGGUCCUACUAGGGCCGAGCCUACGCAUUCCAAAAGACAUCGCGGCCGCUCACCCAAGGAGACCAAAGCUCCCGCUCAUCGAGUGUUCAUUCGACUGCGUGGCCGCGAAACUGGCGAGGGCGAGAUCCAACCUGACCCGGUAUCAGGACACUUGGAUUUCAGUGAUGAGAAUUUCACCAGGUUUGUAGGAAUGAUCGACCUGCCAUUACUAUGCGGCAGUGUCAAGUUGGAAGGCUUCAAGGUCUCGGCCACCGCGAGACACCGGUAUGAACCCUGGAGUACCUUUUCAGAGGCCGCGUACGAGGAUGCCCGAGUCGCAAGAUGGCGUUGA